AUGGACCAGCAGCAGCAUCCGUCCUUCUCACCUAGCGUCUCCUUCAGUGCAGGUGGGACGUUCCAAAACUUCUCGCUCCACCCUCCACCUCCACCAUCUGCUCAAUCUGCAGCCCAACCUGGCCAGUUUCAUUCAUACCAGCUUCAACAACAGCCUCAACCUUCUCUUAAUACAACUAAUACUUCUCAACAACAACCUAUUCAAAUCCAGCAACAGCAGUUACAUCAACAGCAACACAGCAGCUCUCAAAACUCUCCAAUGCACUCAUCUUCAAAUACUGCUGCAAAUACUCCUGCUCCUUCAAUGCCUAGUCCAUCGGUCCAAGCUAGUCCGCUGGUUCAAAACUCUCCGUUUUUACAGGCUCCUUCUCCUGCAUCUCCUCAGUUUCAACAACAGCAGCAGAACUCGCAAAAUAUAUUCCCAAUUCGCUCGCGUGAAGACAUAAGAAGAUGUCUUACUCGCUGGCGACAACUUCAACAAGAACUAGGACCCGAAGCUUACAAUAACUCUGAAUACAUGGGUCUUACCAAGAUUCUUAAUGAUGUUCAGCGUGCUCAAAUGCGUGCUCAGCAGAAUCUUCAACAACAACAACAGCAACAACAGCAACAGCAGCAACAGCAGCAACAACAACAGGAUCAAUCGAUGGCAAACAAUAGAGGAGGACCUCAGGUUAUGUCUUCUCAACAAAGACCACCUUCGCAUUCUCCUCAAAUGUCCAAUUCUUUUGUACCUCCUCAGCAACAGCAACAGCAGCAUCAACAGCAUCAACAGCAGCUCCAGCAACAACAGCAGCUUCAGCAGCAACAGCAGCAGCUUCAACAACAGCAGCAGCUUCAACAACAACAGCAGCUUCAACAACAACAGCAGCUUCAACAACAACAGCAGCUUCAACAACAACAGCAGCUUCAACAACAACAACAACUUCAACAACAACAACAACUUCAACAACAACAGCAGCUUCAACAACAACAGCAGCUUCAACAACAACUACAACAACAACUACAACUACAACUACAACAACAACAACAACAACAGCAGCUUCAACAACAGCAGCUUCAACAUCAACUACAACAACAACAGCAGCAGCAGCAGCAGCAGCAGCAUCAGCAUCAACAAUCCCAAGAUGCUCCUUCUCCAUUCUCCCAAAAUACUCCCCAACUUCAAAAUGCCACCCCUCCAAAUCCCCAACAUUCUGUUCAAGUUCCUGGAUCUGCUCCUUCCUCUAUCUUUACUAUAGAACAACAAAACCUCCUUAAAAGCCAAUUCAAGGCUUUCAAGUCUCUCUACCGUAACAGAUCAAUACCACAACCUUUACAGGACCAAUUAUUCAAUCCAAUGGUGGCUGCUGCAUUCCAGGUCGCCCCUCUUCCACAGUUUUCUCAUAAUAGUACUCCAACAAUUCCUCCAGCAAACCUUCCCCAAGAUUCUUUUUCAUCUUCAUCCGUAGCAACACCGCUUCAACCACCACCUCUACAAAACCGCAUCCCAUCUAAUAGUAUCCCAAUUCCUCAACCUGUUAUUUCAAGAAUACCCUCGGCUGCCCCUCCAGAUUCUCCUAGUAUUCUCCAUCGUACAACAACAACUACUCCUACUUCCCAAAUUAAUUCUCCUCAGAUAAGAAGAAAAUCUGGAACCCCUUCAAGUCCGGCUCCUCCAAGACCAAUUUCUGCAACUCCAUCAGUUCCAGCUCCCAUGGCUCCACCAAGUCGUUCUCCUGCUUUGGCCCAUCCUCAACCUUUGAUUCCUCAAAGACCAAAUCAACAACCUCAACAAAUCUCUCAACAGGUUCCUUCUGCUCCUACUCAAGCUGCUCCUCAGGUAAUCACCCAUAUUCCUUCACCAGCUCCUUUGCCUACUCCUGCUUCUAUUUCGGGGCCGGUUCCCGGCUCUAGUCCUGGCCCUCCUUCCAGUACCACCCCUACACCUCCCAAACCAAUUGUACAGCAUCAAUCACAACCUUCUCCUUUAAACACUCAGCAAAUUCCACCCCCAGUUGUAAAGCCACUUGUACCACCACCACCACCACCACCAAUCCAACCCCCAUCUCCUAAAACUAAUCUGGAGAAACUUGGUGUCCGUGGCUCCAUUGACCCUCAUUCAUAUAUUGAUAAGGACAUUGAUAUUUCUGAUAUUCCACCGAUUUCAGAGAAGGCCCCAUUUAUCCCUGCUCUUAUGCCAUUAGGUGUCAAUGUAAAGGAAAUCCAUCGCUUACGCGAACAAGAUAUUAAUACCCAAAUUUUCAAUAGACUGGUGGAUCUCUACCCUAUCAACGAAAUCUCCCUAGAUAAAAUUGAUAAUCUCACAGACGAACAAAUUGACAAGCUCAUUGAGUUUAAGUCACUUUCACUCCUUAAUAAACAAAAAGCUCUGCGCGGUGAUAUAUUGGCUGACCUUUACUAUUUUAAUUCGGUGGCCAUGAACGAGUCCAACCAAAUUCACUUUACUCGAAUGAAACAACACAGUCUUUUGGAGGCUGUCAAAACGGAGCAGUUUGACACCCAACAACGAUUUGAGCGUACCCAACGUGAGAACCUACUUAAGCUCAAUCAUCUCAAGACAAUUUGUUCGCGCUCUAAGGAAAUACAUGUUCACCGCAUAAAUUAUGAAGAAAAACAUCACAAGCUUGGCCGUGGUGUUUCUUCAUUUCACUCUUUCACCGAAAAGGAAGAACAAAAGAAGGCAGAGCGCACUGCCCGCCAACGUCUCCAGGCUCUUAAAGCUAAUGAUGAAGAAGCAUACAUCAAGUUGCUCGACCAGACUAAGGAUACACGUAUUACCCAUCUCCUUAAACAAACAAAUAGUUUCUUGGACUCUCUGGCUCAAGCUGUCAAAAACCAGCAACGUGAAACCCGAUCUAUUACUACAGAUGCUAAUGAGACUACAUCACCUGAAGAAGAAGAAGAAGCCCAUUCACCUGAGGAUGAAGACUGGGAGGAAGGUGAAGAAAAGGUUGAUUACUAUGCUGUGGCACAUCGUAUCAAGGAAGUUGUUACUAAACAGCCAUCUAUACUUGUUGGUGGUACACUUAAAGAAUACCAGCUCAAGGGUCUCCAGUGGAUGAUUUCGCUUUACAAUAACAAUCUAAAUGGUAUUCUUGCAGAUGAAAUGGGUCUUGGUAAAACCAUUCAAACGAUUUCUCUCAUUACGUACCUCAUUGAGGUUAAGCAUGUUCCUGGUCCUUACUUGGUUAUUGUGCCAUUGUCUACCCUCACCAACUGGACAAUGGAGUUUGAGCGCUGGGCUCCCAGCGUCAAAAAGGUUGUUUACAAGGGACCUCCAGUAGCCCGUAAGGCUCAACAAGCUAUUGUUCGAUCUGGUGAUUUCCAGGUUGUAUUGACAACAUAUGAAUACAUUAUCAAGGAUCGUCCCAUUCUUAGUCGCAUAAAAUGGGUUCAUAUGAUUAUCGAUGAAGGUCACCGUAUGAAGAACGCACAGUCCAAGUUGUCCUACACUUUGACAACCUACUACUCUACUAAAUAUCGUUUGAUUCUUACAGGUACUCCUUUACAAAACAAUCUUCCGGAACUUUGGGCUCUUCUCAACUUUGUUUUGCCCAAGAUUUUUAACUCUGUUAAGUCUUUUGAUGAGUGGUUUAACACGCCCUUUGCCAAUACUGGUAGUCAGGACAAGAUGGAUUUGUCCGAAGAAGAGACUUUGCUUAUUAUUCGUCGUUUACACAAGGUUUUGCGGCCUUUUCUUUUGCGUCGUCUUAAAAAGGAUGUGGAAAAGGAUCUCCCAGACAAGGUCGAGAAGGUCAUCAAGUGCAAAAUGAGUGCUCUUCAGUCAAGUUUAUACCAGCAAGUUCUUCGUUUUAAGAAGGUUUUUGUUGCUGACGAAAACAAGUCGCAUGGUGCCAAAGGUCUUAACAACAAACUCAUGCAGCUCAAGAAGAUUUGCAAUCAUCCAUUUGUGUUUGAGCAAGUUGAGAAUACAAUCAACCCUACCAAAAUGAGUAAUGCAUUAUUAUGGCGUUCUGCAGGAAAAUUUGAGCUACUGGAUCGCGUGCUUCCAAAGUUCAAAGCAACAAACCAUCGUGUUUUGAUUUUCUUCCAAAUGACACAAAUCAUGGACAUUAUGGAAGACUUUUUGCUUAUGCUCGGAUAUAAAUACCUUCGACUUGAUGGUGGCACUAAGGCUGAUGAGCGUUCGGAGCUUUUGAAAAAGUUCAAUGCCCCUGACUCUCCCUAUUUUGCCUUUUUGUUGUCGACUCGUGCUGGUGGUCUUGGUUUAAAUUUGCAAACCGCAGAUACUGUUAUUAUCUUUGAUACUGAUUGGAAUCCGCAUCAGGAUUUGCAGGCACAGGAUCGUGCGCAUAGAAUUGGUCAGACUAAGGAAGUGCGAAUUUUGCGUUUGAUUACGGAAAACUCUGUUGAAGAGACGAUUUUGGACCGUGCUCAUCGUAAACUCGAGAUUGAUGGCAAAGUUAUCCAGGCCGGUAAGUUUGACAACAAGUCAACAAAUGAAGAGCAAGAGGCCUUUUUGCGGCGGCUUUUGGAACAGGAAGAGUUAAAACGGUUGCACAAGAAUGACGAAGAGGAGGAUUUGGAUGACGAUGAGUUGAAUGAAAUUUUGGCUCGUGACGAUAACGAGCGUGAGAUUUUCCACAAGAUGGAUGAAGAGCGUAUUGCUACAUGUCCCUAUGGCAAAGGAAAAGAAUUUGAUCGGUUAUUUGGUGAAAGUGAGCUCCCUGAAGUAUACACUGAGGAAUUCUUUACCAAGGAAGCCAUGGAACCCGAGCCAAAUGUUCUGGACAAUUAUGGACGCGGUGCUCGUGAACGCAAGGUGCUGCAUUACGAUGACGGGUUAACGGAGGAACAGUGGGUCGAGGCCAUUGAUGCUGAGGACGACACGCCCGAAGAUGCUACAGCCCGCAAGCGAGCACGAAUUGAAAAGCGUCGCAUCAACAAGAUGAAGCGCGAGAAUGAUAAAACAACAGAUGGCGGGUCUCCAAGAACGCGCAGCCCGUCUAUCAUUGACACACCAUCUCCAGAUGUUGUCCCUAUAUCCAAGGCUGGCACUCCGACUACUACUGCUACAGUUGUCGGUGUACCAACAGUGACUGGUAAACGUAAGCGUGGGCGCCGGUCGCGUGCGGAAAUUGAAGCGGCGGCGGCUUCACCAAUUACUCUUGUCAAUUCAACAAGCACCCCAGUCACAACGACAACUAUUGCAGAUGCAGCGCUGCCUGCAGUGCUACCACAACGGCGCAAGGGCAAGGGCCGGCCACCCAAAAUCAAGGAAACAUUGACACCCGUUGAGCGGAUGGAUUUGACGCACAAGAUGCGGAUUUUGUAUGAACAUGUUUUCAAUCUUGUGGACCAGCACGGGCGGCCUCGCAACUACUUGUUCAAGGAGCUUCCAAGCAAACGACAAUAUGCGACUUACUAUGCAAUCAUUGAGAAUCCGAUUGCGAUGGAUAUAAUCAACAAGCGGAUCAACAACAAUACCUACCAGCGAUUGGGCGAGUUCCGAGCGGACUUCCAGCUUAUGUUUGACAAUGCGCGCAAGUAUAAUGAGGAAGGGUCGCAAGUUUAUGAGGACGCCAACGAGAUGGAGCGCGAGUUUAAUGAAAAGCUUAAUGAGCUUGUGCCUGGGUCUGUGGUGCCUGUGACUCCUAGUGUUACUGCAACAGAUACUCCAGUUGUUGCGGACACACCUGUUGUCAAUGGUGGAGGAGCUGUGAAUGGAUCGGCGAUAACCCAGGCCAGUGUGACGGAUCAAGCUAAUGGACAUGUUAAUGGAGGAAGUGGAAUUGAUCCUGCGAUUCUAGAACAAAGCAGUAUUCAAGAUUCCGGGACAGCGGGAAGUGAUGGAAGUAGCAACAGCCAUGGAUCUAGUACUAAUACAACAACGACAUCUGGGCGGACUAAAGAUGAUGAUGAUGACGAUGAUGAUGACGAUGAUUAUCGUGGGAACAACUUUUCUGAAGAUGAAGAUGAAGAUUAA